AUGGCUAUUAAGGUUCAUGGCCCUAUGUUGUCACCUGCUGUUGUGAGAGUUGUAGCUACACUCAAUGAGAAAAAUCUUGAUUUUGAAUUUAUUCAUGUUGAUUUGCAAAAGGGUGACCAUAAAAAGGAACCAUUCAUUUCCAUAAAUCCAUUUGGUCAAGUUCCUGCUUUUGAAGAUGGAGAUCUCAAGCUUUUUGAGUCAAGAGCUAUUACACAAUACAUAGCUCACACAUAUGGUGACAAAGGGAACCAACUCUUACCAAAUGACCCAAAGAAAUUGGCAAUCAUGUCUGUAUGGAUUGAAGUUGAAGCCCAAAAAUUUGACCCUGUUGGUUCAAAACUAAGCUAUGAGAUUGUCAUCAAGCCAAUGUUGGGCAUGGUGAGUGAUGAUGCAAUCGUGACGGAGAACGAAGAAAAACUUAGCAAACUUCUCGACGUUUAUGAAUCUAGAUUCAAGAAUUCGAAAUAUUUGGGUGGUGAUAGUUUUACCCUAGCUGAUUUGCACCACGCCCCGGUUUUGCACUACUUGAUUGGGACUAAAAUGAAGAGCUUGUUCAAUUCUAGGCCUCAUGUUAGUGCUUGGGUUGCUGAUAUCUUGGCUAGGCCAGCUUGGGCUAAGUCACUUGAGUUGACUAAAUAGUAAGAUUUAGAAACAAUAGCUGGAAACGGCUGCUAAUAUCUCGUAAGCUGAGGAGCAAAGUAUGGUCUAUGUAUUACUAGUAGGUUUAAUAAAAUAUAGGCCAUAGUAACCUUAUUUUGUAAUUUGUUUGCUUUUUGGUGCAACACUUU